ACAAAAUUGAUGAUCUUACCUAUCCCAUCCCCACCUCCCCGAUCGUUUUUCUGCUAUAACGACGCAGAAUUCCAGCAUCAAGAGUCCACCGCUUUGGCUACCUUCGGACGCCAUAGCAGAUGAUUGAAGCUUCAACAGCCACCUUCGGACGCCAUAGCCGCCUGUGUUUAUUUUUCCGCUGGAAUCUCCGUGCACGGCUGCUCGCCGCCGCGUACUUCUAGCCUCACCUUCUGUCUUCUUCCUUUGCCUUCUGGCCAUGUGAAUGCUUUAAAAUUGAUUUUUAAUUUUAAAUGGUUUAGGGUUUGCUGAGGCGAGGAGGAGAGAAGCGGAAGCAAGAAGUGACGAGAACGACCCCAGGCCCUAUUGAACUCUAGACUUCAACCCAACAGCCGUUGCUGGCUAAAAGUUGAAGUACCAAGCAGCAAAGUAAUAGAGUUUGAGUUUAGAAGAAGAUGAACAUCAACAAUAAAGAUGAACCAAACACUGCCCCAAAACCUGAUCAAUGGUACAAUUUAACGCUAGGCUCUUCAUUCAAAGAACAGAAUCCUUCCUCCAAGUUCUGCACUUUACGAUAUGAGUUUAAACCGGCUUCAAUUGACAAAAACCAGUCUGGAAAACUACACAAGAACAAGGAGAAUAGGGUUACUGUUGAAUUUCAGAACAGUCAGCCUGGGAAGCCCAAGGUUAGCUUUGAGGGGAGUAGUGAGGAUUACAAAGAGAAUGAUGCUGUUCUAUUUUUUGAUGGUGAGACGUUCCGGUUGGAGAGGUUGCACCGGGCAGUCAAGCGGUUGAAACAUGUUAGGCUCCCCGGAGAAUCUGCGGCUGUAUCUGCUUCUACUUUUGCGAGUGCAACUGCAGAGACAAGUUCACCACCAGUUGUCAAAGCACCUAAUUUCCAGUCACAGAAUAAUGUUGUUCGUGCUCUACCUAUUGAGGUUGAACGAAUUGAAGUUGGUGACAUCAAAAGUUCAGAUACACGACCUAAAAAUGAGAAAGCUGCUGAUUAUCCAUCUUCACAUGCUAAUCAAUCAAAUGCAUCACCUGAGGCCAAGAGUGAUGACUUGGAUGAACAGUUGGAUAUAUUGAAUGAUGAUGUAGAGGGUGAUACAGCAGCUAAUGGGGGAGGGGAUAUUAUAGUGAAAGAAAUCGAUACUGGUAUUGACAUUAACAUACCGCAUCAUAAUGAUACGGAUGAUGAAAUUGCGGAUGUGGAUGCAAGUGACGAUGAUGAUAAGGGCCGUAAUGCAGCAGAAGAGCUUAGAGCACAGGUGAAUGCAGAAGAACGUGGUGAACACACUUCAAGUUCCAGCAGUAGCAGCGGUAGUGAGAGCAGUGGGAGCAGCAGCAGCAGCAGUAGCAGCAGUAGCAGAAGCAGAAGUGCAAGUGACAGUGGCAGUAGUGACAGCGAGAGUAGUGAUGCUGAAACUGUCAAUUCUAUCUGAGAAUUUUAUACUAUCAGGAUCCUGCCAUUGUUGCCAACGUGCGUUUAGAGGUCUAUCUAUUACCCAAUAUCCAGUGCUAUGGUCUAGUGAUGCUGAAAAAGUCAGUUCUAUAUAAGAAUUUGAUGCCAUCUGCAUCCUGUCUUCUGCAUGUUUUCAGUCUGGUAUUGGCAUGCCCCCACUUCAGUUUACUCUUCUCAUCAGUUCCUGCUGUUAAAACUAUUAAUUAUCGCUGUAAACGGUAGCCUUGUGGAUUCAUUUGUUGUGUUAAAAGAGCAGUUCCAUCCAAAUUCCUCAGUGUUGACAUGGAUUCUUUCACUAACGGCGUCAACCUAGUAGGCUCCCUUUGGAUGUAGCAGCGAUACUCGGGGAUGCUUGACUUAUAGUCUCAAAAUGAUUUCGACAUGGAUGUAAACGUAGGAAUGACUCUAUCUGCUCUUGUGAUUUUGACAUUUUAUGGUGUGAAUUUCCAGCUUGAAUUGUUCUAUAUAUAUAUUUUUUGUUAAUUCCAAAAUGAAUGGCAUAUCUUCCUUCUA